AGUAAUCACGGAGUCCUUGCGCUUUGUCGACGAGGUACACCCUUCCGCCGGUAUUGAGGUUGGCAUUUUAUGGGUGAUUGACCGAUGUUGCUGUCAUGAUACUUUUGGAGAUAAAUAACAGGGUUGUAGAAGAAACCCUUACUCUCAAAAUCAAGAACGCUCAAGCUGGGGUGAAGCAUGAGUCUAUUGAUGUGACACUGGCAGACUUUGAUGGGGUGCUAUUUCACAUUUCCAAUCCCAAUGGGGACAAGACCAAAGUUAGGGUGAGCAUAUCGCUCAAGUUCUACAAGGACCUUCAGGAGCAUGGCGCUGAUGCAUUGUUGAGAAAGGUGUACGGAGAGCUCAUCACAGCCACAGAGGAAGGGUACAAUGUGUCUUUACUAGUGGACUUAGAAAACAUUCCCAGUGACUGGGAGAGCUUAGUCAAGAAUAUUGGCCUGUUGAAGACAAACUGUUUUGCAUCUGUUUUUGUGAAGUACUUUGAGUUCCAAGAGCAGGGAGAAGAGGGAGCAAAACGUGCUGUGGUCCAUUAUCGUGAUGAUGAAACAAUGUAUGUGGAGGCCAAGGCGGACCGGGUGACGGUGGUCUUCAGCACGAUCUUCAAGGACGAAACGGACGUUGUUAUCGGCAAGGUGUUUAUGCAAGAGUUCAAGGAGGGCCGCAAAGCGAGCCACACAGCACCUCAGGUGAUGUUCAGCCACCGCGAGCCGCCGCUGGAACUGCAGAACACGGACGCCCGCGUCGGCGACAACAUCGGCUACAUCACGUUCGUCCUGUUCCCGCGCCACACCAACCGGGCGGCGCGCGACAACACCAUCAACCUGAUCCAUAUGUUCCGCGACUACCUGCACUACCACAUCAAGUGCUCCAAGGCCUACAUCCACUCCCGAAUGCGCGCCAAGACGUCCGAGAUCCUGAAGGUGCUGAACCGGGCACGACCCGAGGCCAAGGUCACUGAGAAGAAGACUAUCAGCGGCCGGACCUUCCGCCCCUCGUAGAGCGGAGCGGGGCCGCGGCCGGGGGCGCGGCUCACCAGAUCGCCGUCGCAAGUCUGUGAUUCACUCUCAAAUGCGGUGUAGCCCCCACCCCCAACUGCCUUCCUUUGCGGCCGCGCAAACUCAAGUGUGCGGGGUGCGAGCGAAGACCGGCUUCGUCGGAUGAAAGAUCGUGCGGAUGCGGACGGUUCGUGCGCUGCUGGUUAUCUUGUGUACGCGUGUGUUGUCUUUGUUAUCAUAUACGUGAGCUCUUCUCGAUUUACGCCUCAGGCGCUUAAAGGAUGCGCCACGUUCAGCCCUUUAUUUUUGUGAUUCGGUGACGACGCAGUACUACUAAUUGUUGGUUAUCCGAAGUAGUGUCGGCCAUUGUUAAUAUAACCAUCGCGAACAACGCACGACUCUGGUUGGCGCGAAUGCGAUUGCUUAUUGAAUGCAUUGAAAAUGAUGUUUAUACGUAUAUCUAUGCGUAUUGAGCGGUGCUUACGGCUAUGCCCUUUUGGCAUGCUUUCCAAUAUAUUGUAUCGAUUGAGUUCUGCA